AUGUGGGAGGGUGUUUUUCCCCCGCCUGAUGACGAUCCGGUGCCGAGGCUGGAUUCAUAUGCGCUUGAUGGUGCGCUGUUCUGCUCUGAGUGUCAGGUGAAAUUUGACUCUGAAAUGAUUCCCAAGUCAGGAAAAUCUUCAGCAGAAUCCAGGAAAGCUGUGAGCAUCCAUGAAUUUGCAGCACUGGCCAGAUCUUCCUUGAAUGGCAUCUCUCAGGCUGUGAGGGACCAUGUCACUAAGCCCACCUCACUGGCACAGGGACGCGUUGCUCACCUCAUAGAGUGGAAAGGUUGGCCCAAGCCGUCCGGUCCCGAGCUGGCCUCUCAGACACACUUCAGCUCCUACUGCCACCUGAGUGAGGGAGAAAAGGAGGCCCGCUUUGCUGCAGGUGUGGCUGAACAGUUUGCGAUUGCAGAGGCCAAGCUCCGAGCCUGGGCUUCCAUUGAUGAUGAUGAGGAUGAGGAAGAUUCAAACGAUGACUGUGUCCAGAACGUCCAAAGCUCAGACGCCACCAGCCGCCCCCCUGCUCCUCAUGACGCACACUCAGAGGAGAGCCAGUCCUCUACCACGCUCCCAGGAUCGAGCAGCGGUAGCGAAGGUAGCGCCCAGUGUGACCCACAUCUGGCCCAGACCGAUUCACCGACUUUGCCCAACGACAGCCUGAGCCCAUUCAUGCACGAGGAGGAAGAGGAGGAGGAAGAGAAACCAGCUCUGUUACAGGACCACACCCGGAGAGAAGUGUGCGUCCACCAAAAGCCCGAGUGGAGGCCCCGAGCUCGCAGCAGCCGCUUCGACUCCUGCUACUCCACGUCCCACUCUGAGUCGCCCGGAGAGGAGGAAGAAGAUGACGACGAGGGAAGCGUGUUCCAGGAGUUCAGAGUGUGGCACUGCAGCCCGCGGGGUAACUUCUCCGACCGCCUGUCCUCUGGAGUGGCCUCGUUUGAUGAAGAGGAGGAGGAGAGAAAAGACGAGAAAGAAUAUUUGAUGUGA